AUGAAUCACAGUCACCAGCUAAACACAAUAUCUUUUUCCCACACGGAAUCGGAUCUUUUACCACUGGUAGGAGAUAAAUUAACAGAGUUUUCCAUCGACAAAAGACGGAGAUGGUGUUGCUCCAACUGCCUCACAAAACCUUUCUUUGGGACACUUCAUGGCGAAUGCCGACACCCUUCAGUUCCUUGGUCCAGACUUCACUUUAUUCUUCAUCAAAUCCUUUUCUUCUUCUUCCGUCUGAAAGCAAUGAUUCUUUCCUUAAAAUGUCUGCUAUUUUUGGUAGUUGUGUUAACUACCUUACAGAACGGUGUCUCUGCAGCAGAAGAGCAGAAGGAUGAAAAAUUAACCCCUGAUCGAUUUUACGAUCAGGAUUUUCUUCCUAAUAAUUGGAUCUAUAAUCGCAAUGUAACAUGUGGUAAACAGACAAAAGGAAUUUUCCCUUCCAGGACGUGGACUUGUGCCAACAUAAGAGUGAAUGGCCGAAAAAUUGCUUAUGGUUAUUAUCCAUUCAAAUCUGAGUAUCCUUAUCCUGCGGGCAAAUGUUUUGAAACUCGUGGUCGGGAUGACAUGGGUGGUAUCUGCCUUGGUCUCAUGGAGCAUGUUAAUGAAACUGCAAAACUGUGGGUUGCAUCGGUUACAAAUGCAACCUGUGGCCACACGAAUGACAAAAGAGUGUUAUUAACAAUCGAUACUUCAAAACCAGAAAGUCCACAAUAUGUCUGGGUUGAUCUAGGCCAUGGUUUUGGCUGGGUUGAGACCUUACAUUACUCCUCCUCCUCCUCCUGGGGCUCAAAGGACAAACACUGUUCUGUCCUUUGCCAACUGCUUCUCCCUGACUUUUCCUUCCACUGCCAAAUAAUAUUUUACUUUUCUCUUUGA